GAGUCGCCCGCCCGAUACCGUGGUGGGGUUGGCCCCUUGAGCGCUGCCGCGAUCGUCGUGAUCCGCUUGUAUCAACAGGCGGUGUCUCCCUAUUUACCGUCGAUGUGCCGGUUUGAACCGUCCUGCUCCCACUAUGCCUCGGAAGCUAUCGCGACUCAUGGAUUGUUGAAAGGCGGAUUGAUGGGUGUGAAACGAAUACUGCGUUGUCGCCCUCGCGGUGGCAGCGGAUACGACCCGGUGGUGUAG